UUGCUCAGGAGCGAUCUGCAGCCCAGAGCACUCGAGCUCCAUACAGCUCCCUGGCUGCUCUCUUUGAUUCACAGUCUCGCUCUGCCUCCAGUCACACACAAAUGAGCGGCCCCUGCUCUGAAAGAUGGCAAACGGGUUCACAAAGCCUUUAGCCACACUGUACAAAGGAAGUCAACUUGCAUUCAUACAUUCCGGUGUGUUUUACUUGCAAACCUUGCUGUGGAUUAUUUGUUCGGUUUGCGGGGAAGACCAGCCCUUCAGCGUGGAGAUAUGGUUACAGAAGUACGGCUAUCUUCAAGCUAGUGAACCCAGAAUGUCAGUAUUGCACUCUUCACAGUCCCUGCACGCAGCUGUAGCUGCUAUGCAGCAAUUCUAUGGAAUUAAAGUUACGGGGACUUUGGAUGAAAACACAAUAGACUGGAUGAAGAAGCCGCGCUGUGGUGUGCCUGACCAGUUUGGCACCAACGUUAGAUUUAGUGUUAGAAGAAAGCGUUACGCAUUAACUGGGCAGAAGUGGCACCAUAAACAUAUCACCUACAGCAUUAAAAACUUCACUCCUAAAGUAGGAAAACAAGAAACACACAGAGCGAUACGCCGUGCCUUUGAUGUGUGGCAGAACGUAACUCCCCUGACAUUUGAAGAAAUACCGUAUGUGGAGUUGGAAAAUAAGAAGAGGGAUGUGGAUAUUACAAUUAUGUUUGCUUCUGGUUUCCAUGGUGACAGCUCACCCUUUGAUGGUGAAGGGGGCUUCCUUGCACAUGCCUAUUUCCCAGGACCUGGCAUUGGGGGUGACACUCACUUCGACUCUGAUGAGCCAUGGACAUUAGGAAAUCCAAAUCAUGAUGGAAAUGAUCUAUUUCUGGUUGCAGUUCAUGAACUUGGUCAUGCAUUAGGCUUGGAACACUCCAAUGAUCCUAGUGCAAUCAUGGCGCCUUUUUACCAGUACAUGGAUACAGAAAGCUUCCAGCUCCCUCAAGAUGACUUAGAGGGCAUCCAGAAGAUCUAUGGUCCACCAGAUAAGAUUAUACACCCUACGAAACCAUUACCUACAGUACCGCCACAUCGUUCCAAUCCUCCAUUGGAUCCAAGGAAACCCAACAGACAACCAAGACCUCCUCGACCUCCAACUAGGGAUAAACCUUCUUAUCCAGGCAUCAAGCCCAAUAUCUGUGAUGGAAAUUUCAACACUCUGGCUAUCUUAAGAGGUGAAAUGUUUGUUUUCAAGGACCAUUGGUUUUGGCGUGUUCGAAACAAUAAAGUUCUGGAUGGUUACCCCAUGCAGAUUGCUUAUUUCUGGAGGGGUUUGCCUUCAAACAUUGAUGCAGUGUAUGAGCGGCCUGAUGGGAAAUUUGUGUUUUUUAAAGGGAGCAAGUACUGGGUCUUCAAGGAAGCGACACUGGAGUUAGGCUAUCCACAGAAUGUGGUGGAACUUGGAAGUGGAGUCCCUUCUCAGGGUAUUGAUACAGCAGUGUGGUGGGAAGAAGUUGGUAAAACCUAUUUCUUCAAAGGAGACAGGUACUGGAGGUACAAUGAAGAAACACAUGUUGUAGACAAUGGCUAUCCCAAAUCCAUUUCAAUAUGGAAAGGAAUCCCCAAGUCUCCACAAGGGGCCUUUGUCAGCAAAGAAAGUGGCUAUACAUUCUUUUACAAAGGAAAAGAGUACUGGAAAUUCAACAACCAUAAACUCAGGGUGGAGCCUAACUAUCCAAGAUCCAUACUUAAAGAAUGGAUGGGAUGUGACCGAACUAAAACUGGAGACAAAGACAGGCAUGAUACUCAAGAUGACGUUGACAUAGUGAUUAAAAUCGAUAACACUUCCAGCACUGUGAAUGCCAUUGCUAUUGUUAUCCCUUGUACACUGGCCUUGUGCUUUCUGGUGUUGAUUUACACAGUGGUUCAAUUUAAGAGGAAAGGAACACCACGUCACAUAUUGUACUGCAAGCGAUCCAUGCAAGAGUGGGUGUGAUUGUAGCAGAAGCAACAAAAGAUUUCCAACAAGUGGGCUGUAAUGCUGGAACCCAGCAAUGAGCAGGCGUCUCUCUGCCUGAGACAUAUGAAUCAUGGCUGAAUUUCUCAGAGUCGCCUGCUCUGAACAUGAGUGGAGAUUAUAAAAGAGAGAGGGGGAAGGUUUCAUGAUACACAGUAUCAUCUGUAUUUCAGUCCUUUGUCUUUCUUUGGUGCACCAUUCCGUAUAGGCCUUUUAUCUGCACGCUUAAUGCCCUAGUGACUCCAGAUUUCAGAAAGGAAAAUCAAGAAAAUACGUCUCAAGAUCUUUCUCAAGACUGGUACUUUCUUUCCUGCUGAACCUGAACUCUUUCCUAUUUUGAGGGUUUGUUUGAAAAUCUUUUUGCUGACUUAAAUCUUUUUCCUGAACCAGACAGACCCUUUGCAUUCAUUUUCCAAAGAAGAUUGCUAUCUGUCUAAUAAGGAAAUAUUGCUGCACUUGCUCCGUUUAGUAGGAGACCAGGAAUAUAGAAGCUUAGAAAAUUGGACUGUUCUGUGACUAAGUAGCAGGGGCCAAAACAUCUGCAAUAUUGUUAACAGCCUUAAAUAUAUUUUUCAUUUGUUAAAGCAAUUCUGAGCAAGUCAAUACGUGGAGCUUUCAAUAGCUAUUGUUCAUGUAGUUUUAAAUGCAGUGUAAUGGACAUGCAAAAUUACAGUAAGGAAUUUCCUAUAGAUUGCCACACACAAACGGCUUUUCAAACUUCUAUGAAUCCACCAAGAGGGAUUUUAUUUUGCAUAGAAGGCUUGAAGUUGUUUUAGAAUGACAGAAAUGAAAAUUUUAAACAAAACUAACAGUGAAAUGAAUUUUGCCUGAAAUUCCUGCCAGAACAACAUCAGCAUUAAGUUAAUGUACUGUACAUGAUGUUUAAUGUCAUGGGUUCAAUUUCUGAUUGGUUGAAGAAAUAUGUAUUAAUGAACUAGAUAGAAUCCAAAGUGUGUUUAGUUUCUCAAACAGUUAUAUUUGAUUAUUCAUACCAUAUUUCUUACAAAUGAAUAUUGAAAAAUAAGGUGUGUGUUGAUUUUCAUAGGAAUCAGUCAGAAUGGGAUAUCUUAUUUUUCAAUGAAUCCUUGUAUUCUCAUUAGUUAUUGUUAUUGUAUACAGACUGGUAACUAUAGACAACAGCCGUGCACCACAGCAACGUCUUUCCAAGGUGCCAUAACUAAACAUUCAAUUUUAUGUGCAUUACGUGUGUAGUUAACAAUUUAUGAACUGACAGAGAUCCACAGAUACUGCUAAAUUAAACAUGGCAAACAGGGUAGGAGCUAAAGAAAGACAUUUUGAAAGGAAUGUAGUUUUAAGAUCUACGAUGUUUAUGUGAAAUGAUGUUUGUGGAUUAAAACUGAUUAAAACUCCCAUUUUUCACC